AUGCCAAUUAGUAUUGAAGAUGGUGAAUCGACAGUGUCAAUCAAGGCACACUUGGAUAAGGCAAUAGAGGACUUUGAGAAUGGCACCCUUCACCCGAAUGUAAAUAUUGUCGGGAUUGUGGGAAUGGCGGGCAGUGGGAAAACCUUUCUGGCGAAAGAACUCUACAACAGAAAAAGCUUGCUCUUUUCCGGGUCGAGUUUUCUUCUAGAUGUGAAUAAAGCCGCAGAAGAAUGUGGCCUCCAUAAGCUGCAAAAAAGGAUGUUGAAAGAUUUGCAUGUUGAUGUUUCGACAUUCAACAAUACCAGCAAAUGCAAGAGAGCUAUCGCACAUCGUCUUAAGCAUCAUCAAUUGUUUAUCGUUUUGGAUAGCAUAGAUGAUGUGGACCAACUAGAAGCUUUGCUCCCUGAAAAGGACGCUGGAUCAGGCAGCAUGGUUAUAGUCACAACACGGGAUGUGGGCAUUCUUAAAAGCUAUGGAAUUUCUUCCAUUUAUACGAUGAAAAGACUGUCUCCUGCUAAAGAGCUUUUUUGUCAGCAUGCUUUCUCACAAUCCUGCCCAAUCAAAGGAUUUGAAUAUUUAGUCGACAAGUUAUCUAGUGCAUGUGGUGGUCUGCCUUUAUCUCUGGAAGUGCUGGGAGGAUUACUUCACGGCAAUUGCCUCCAUUGGAAACAGAUUCUGGUGGCUAAUGGUGAUUCUUUAAAAGGUGAAAAAAGCAAGCUCACAAAAGAUCUGGUGUGGCUUCGCUGGCGUGAUUGUGCAUACCAAAGCAUACCCCCAUCAGUGUCUAUAGAAAAUAUGAGAGUUCUGAAGUUAAUGGGUCCUUUAAUAAAAUAUGGGGUAGCAUUGGAAUCUAUAGGGCAGUUGCACGAGCUACAAAAGAUAGUGGUGGAUGGCUGUCUGAACACAAGCUUGGAAGCUUUACCAGAAGAGUUCUGUCAUCUACAUAGCGAGUUGAAGAUUUUGCCUCCCUCUUUUAAGCAAUUGAUAAAGCUCAAGUAUUUAGAUCUCGAAAGUUGCAGCAAUCUGGUGAUUCCUCCUCAGUUUUUGGGGAAGAUUACUACUUUACAAUAUUUAAAUUUUAAAGAUUGCAAUAGACUUAAAGUCUUACCCUCACAAGUUCCAUAUCAACUAUCUCUAAAGUGCCUGAAUUUGGGUGGUACAAGUCUUGGAGAAGUACCCAACGAAAUAGGGAGAUUGGAGAACUUGGAAGUUCUUGAAUUGGGAAGCCCUUUCCCGACACCCUUGCCCGUUUCCCUUGGUAAUUUGACAAGGCUUCAGAAACUGAUUCUUAAUGAUUGCACAAGCGUCACAAGCAUGCCUGAUAUUUUAGGAGAAAAUCCUAACUUGAAGGUUCAAUUCAAUGUGCUUUCUAUAUUGAGAACUCUUGGUGUUUUGAUCAACAUCAUAGCUGCUGUUCGAAUUACGUCGCAGUCCCGGCUAAAGACUACAAGAAAUGCUUUAAAACCAGAAACCUGCGACAUGGAAUAA